CUCAGUGGAGACUGGCGUUCUGUGGCGUUACCAUCAUGGCGGCCUCCACUCUUGGUGUGCAGCGUGCGCUUGGGAAAGGUGUAAUCCCUCCUUUGGUCGUGAUUUUAGGGGCUACCGGUACUGGGAAGUCCAAACUAGCGAUCGAGAUCGGGAAACGACUACAAGGGGAAAUAAUAAGCGCCGAUUCAAUGCAGGUUUAUAAAGGACUGGACAUCAUCACUAAUAAAGUGACAGCAGAGGAGCAGGCACAGUGUCCCCAUCACAUGAUCAGCUUUGUGGAUCCUCUGGUGAACAGCUACACAGUGGUGGACUUCAGGAACAAAGCACUGUCUCUCAUUGAGGACAUACAUCGCCGGAAGAAACUCCCAAUCAUUGUUGGUGGCACCAACUACUACAUCGAAUCCAUUUUAUGGAAAGUUCUUGUUGACCCUGUGGAGAAUGGGACAGAGAGAGUUCAGAGUCACUCCUCAAUUCCAAAAGCUGAGUUGGAGAAGCUGGGAGGUCCAGAACUUCACAAACGCCUGAUGGAUGUGGAUCCUGAAAUGGCGGCCAUGUUACACCCCAAUGAUGCACGUAAGAUUGCAAGGAGUCUUCAGGUUUUCCAGGAGACAGGAGUCAAGCACAGUCAUCUGUUGGACGAGCAGAAAGAGCAAGACGGGGCAGAUGGUCUUGGCGGGCCUCUACGUUUUUCAAAUCCCUGCAUCUUCUGGCUCCACUCCAACAUGGAUGCUUUAGAUGAGAGGCUGGACAAGCGUGUGGAUGAGAUGUUGUCUUUAGGGCUGAUUAAGGAGCUGAAAGAUUUCCACCAGAGCUUCAACGAGAAGAAAAUCCAGAGCAACAGCCAGGACUACCAGCAUGGCAUCUUCCAGUCUAUUGGGUUUAAAGAGUUCCAUGAGUACCUCACUGCUGGAGGAGACAUUAGCCAGGAGGACCACAAGAAGCUGAAAAGUAAAGGUAUUGAGGCCCUGAAGCAGGCCACACGGCGCUACGCUCGAAAGCAGAACAAAUGGGUUCGCAAUCGCUUCCUCAAACGGCCAGGUACCAGUGUUCCACCUGUCUACGGCCUAGAUGUGACAAAUGUGUCCCUCUGGGAACAAACGGUCCUCACUCCUGCCCUAGACAUCCUGGACAACUUAUGCAAGGGAGAGCGGCCAUCUGUUGAGCCAAUCCGAAUUGAGGGGGCGGGAGCACGAAACAAGCGGAGCCACCACAUGUGUGAAGUGUGUGAUAAAGUAAUCAUCGGUGACCUGGAGUGGACAGCUCAUCUCAAGUCUAAAAGUCACUUGCAUCAUGUCCGGAAGAAGCGGAGAGCUGAGGAGACCUCCGAGCAUCAGCAGGGUGUUGGGUCUAAACUCCCUUUCACAGUAAAGUGUCAGAGACAGGCAGGUUGUACUCCUCACACACCAGGCUCUGAAUCAGACGAACUCAAACCAGGAACACACAGGAACCGUGAUAACGAAGGACAGAUUUCUGAGGAGGCGUAACCUGUAUGAAUAAGCAGAAGGAUUUUUAUUUUACAACUUGUGCCUUAAAUCGAUCCCUCAGGAGUGUGUAAGACCCGCGUGGAAUAAGAGUGGCACUGAAAUCUGCACAGAUACCAUCUUUUUUUUUUUUUUUUGCCUCUGAAUGGACCGAACAAUUUCAGUCCAGCUGUUGGAUUAAUCCAAUAUCCAUAUUGCUCUGAGUUAAACCUCUCCUAGACAUCGUGGAGGUUUUAAUGGAAAUUGUUGUUGAAUGGAGAACAAUUUCCGAGUUUUUACCCAAACAACAGCAGCAAAAAAAACAAAAAACGUCUGGGCUGUACAGAAUAAUUUUUCUGCACUACUUCACAAAGGCCGGGUAGACUUCAGUUUUCUUGCACAAAUGCUUGGCUGUGCCGUCAUGUUUAGUUUGAGUGUUUAAUCAAGAUCACCUAUAAGGUACAUUUUAUAAUUAAAGUGCUUUAUUAUUUUAAUCAUA